UUAAAAAUAUAGAUGUUAAAUGGGAUUUAGAUUAUUUACAAAUACGUAAUUAUUUUUAUUAAUCAAUAAGUAACGUGUAGUAAUAUCAAAUCAUAAAAAGAAAUAUUGUUUAAGAUAUUUUCGAUAUUUCAUUAAAUAAUCUAAUCUCGUUUCUCAUUACAAUUUUAAUUCAUGAAAUGUUUCAAUUUUAUUUACGAUCAAUUCGAUAGUAAUGAAAAGAAUGUCAGGGAAAUAAAGAAUUUCUUUUCGCGAUAAAACUCGCCGGUUAGUGCACUCAACGCAUCGAAGUGAAUGCGAGAGUAGGAGUAGCAAGUAACCUUUUGGCAUCCCCGAUGAUCAACGUACGUUGGUCGAGAGUAUAAAUGAAGGACAAUGACCUAAUUGCGUGCAGAAGGCGCAGUGCUUCUUCGACGGCCAAUAACCAAGGCCGCGAGAAAGAUUUUUAAGAGCCGGUUUCCGGUUUUCCGUGUUCGAAUCGCGAGAGAAAAGCCGGUUUUUAUAUUUCUGUGUGUCACAUCAUUAUCGAUCAUUUACCUGCUGAUCGAUAGAAUCGAGGAUUCUAUUUUUUUUUUUCGAUCAUGAAGGUAAGUCCCCUUUUAACAUUAAUUACACAAAUUUACUUCCUUCUAUAAGCUUUUGUUUUUUUUUUGUUUUUUUUUUGUUUUUUUUUUUUUUUUUUUUAAUAUCACUUGCAAUAACGAUUAAUUAACGAGACAAUUAAAAAAAAUUUUUUUCCUCAAGAUCCUCAACAUUUUUUACCGGGACUUUUAAUUGACACAAUGUCUAAAUUAUUAACUCAUACUCGUCGUAUUAUUUUUACAAAUCCACGUCUACCCUUUAUCUUUAAAUUAAAUAUAAUCUAAUAAUUAAUACUGCAAUGAUUGUUCGCGAUUUCUAUUUCAACUCUCGUUUCGAUCUUUAAAAUAAAGAAUCGUGUCAAAAAGCUGUUUACGUUUUACGAUGAUUUCGAUAAACGAAAUAUUGCAAGGUUUUUUUUAUAAAUAAAAUGAAAUAACAUGAAAUGUUUAUGAUUAUUAAAUAAUAAAUAGCGAAUAGGAGAAGUAAACUAACGAUCGAUCGAACGAUAUAAACGAACAAUUCGAAGGAAUUUUGAUUAUCAAAGUCAUUAUAAAGCAACAGGUGUGAAAAUUUCUAACAUGUUUACGAGCAUUCAAACAGAUUCUAUAAAUACAUACAUACAUAUGUAUACAUAAGCACACAUACGAUAAUUUUCAUGGUUCGUCGUAUUUUCUUCACUACUCUCUCUCUCUCUCUCUCCCUCUCUCUCUCUUUUUCUUUCUCUUUCUCUCUUACCCCCCCGCUCCCGGCCUGCUUAUCCUCGCUUUUCCUCGCACCGAUGUGGGACAAUGUCCCACUUCGAUUCGUCGACUCACCACGAAGUUUCUGCUUCUUCUCUCUUCAUUCACUAAUACUUCACAUACAUAGACAUACAUAUGUGUAAUACAAAUACAUAUGUGUUCGUACCUAAAUACAUAAAUAUAAUAAUCUAAACAUAUAUAUAUAUACACAUAGAUAAAGAGCACAGACAUAUAUUAUUUAUAUGUUGGCAAAAAGGAAAUGAGAAGCACGUGCCAAUAUGAAGUACCGUAACGUUCACGGUAUCAUCCUAACAAACUUGGAUUUCCGGUUAUGAACGCUCGAAUUCGUCUCACGUAUCGCUUAUAUCCUAAAUAAAAUGAGUAUAGGAGUUUAGAAUGUCUGAAAACAAAAUUCCGAUUAUCGAAUGCACAUUAACGACGUUAAGCUGUUAAAUUUUUAAGGUGAUCGGUUGGACAUGUUGGCUCUUGGCCAUGUGUAUCUGUUUCUCCGAGGCAAGGAAUAAAUUAAGAAGACCGCCUCUAGCCCCUUUGCCUCAUGCACCACCGAUAUUCAAGAAAUCAUGGCCUAUUGGGCCUAGAAUUUCAAUGGGAAACACGAUACACAUUGGUGGAAAUUUUCCUCAUAAAAGAAUAUCUUAUAAACCUCCAAAUUAUAGGAUUAGACGACCUCCGACGUUCAAUAUUCUUCCUACUACCUGGAAAACUCAAAUGCCAGUUCUCGGGAUUUUGAACAAUCAUGCUGUACUUCCGCAACGUCCACCAGUCAAAGAAUUUCAUACGAUGAAUCAAGUUCCAGAAUAUAGUCCGGAAUAUAGACCUGAACCAAUGAUAUUGCCACCGACUCAUCGAGGUAACCUCGACGACGAUAAGGGUCCUAUUCAUACGAUACCUGCACCUAAUCUGAGCCCAGCCGAUAAGCCUUACAAUUCUGAUGCUAACUCUGGACAAAAGACCAUUUCUCAGCAUCAAUAUAGUAACGAUCUCAAUUAUAAUCUCAAUCUACAAGGUAAUACAUUGGCAAAUGAUUUUGGAUUAGCGACUAUUGGCACCAGCUUGGCACCUCAACGAACUGUAACUAGUCCAACGCCUAUUCAACAUCAAUAUGAAGUGACAGAGGACAAUGAUCUAGCUCAAAAGGAAUAUCAUACAGUCCAACCAACAUUUUUCACUCCGGAAUUCGAUGUAACCAGGCUGGCUACGGUAGUCAAUCCCGAUCUACAAACCAACGAAGUUUUCCUCAAUCAUCCACCCAUAACCAACACGGGCCUAGCGAAUAUUCAGUUCGGUCAAACCGACACACCAAUGCAAACAAACUUGCGCAGUUCUCUUCACGUUGGCUUCCCUGGUACCGCCACUCAAGCAGCCAAUACGAUUGGCAAUCAAAUUCCUGAUUUACACGUUGGACAUCCGGCACCAGCUGGACCACCUUUAUCCGCUACUCAACUUUACGAACUCUUGAACAGCUUCCCAAAUAAACUUACAGAACAAUAUACAGCAGGUCAGCAACCUCAGUUACAACAACAUUUACUACAACAACAACUUGGCCAACUUCUCCAGCCCAACGGAGUCACGAGUUUCUCUCAACCACAGAUGCAUUCCUUUAACUACGAUGAGCAAGACAAUCAGCAACAGCAGCAGCAGCAGCAACAACAACAGCAGCAGCAGCAACAACAACAACAGCAUCAACAAUUGCAACACGAACAACAACAGAUAUUAUUAGAUCAAAAUUUCGGUACUGGUAGAGUCACUGCGGAUUACAAUUUGGAGGCAGAACCUUCGAAUAUACAACAGACUGAUAUACAGUCUGACGAGGAAUUAAGCUAUACUGCUGAAGUACCGAUUGAACAAACAGAAAAUAAUAUUGAUUAUGAGGAAACGAAUAAUCGGGCUGGACAAUCCACGUAUUUCAACAAAGUUACCAAUAACGGAGGAUUAUCUACACAAUUUUACACAUCUUUGCCUAAUCGCGAAGCUGCAGAGAAAUUAGCUGCAUUAGCUGCUGCUGGAAAUGUAAAUAGUCAGUUGAUUGGACAUCUACGAAAGCAGCAACUGGAGAGACAACAGCAAAGCGAAGUUAUGCCGCCCAAUCACAAGGACGAGAGUUAUCAAGAUACUCAAGAGCAACAAGAGCAACAACAACAACAACAAUAUGAAUCACAGUAUGAGCAGCAACAGCAAUAUCAUCAGCAACGUAUUCAUCAUGAACAGGCUGAAAAUGAAAGACGUGAUAAACAACGUUUUCUACAACAACAACAACAUCGACGAAGGUUAAACCAACAAAAUCUUAAUCAAGAAAAACGACCCUUACGAAUAAUGGUGCCCGAUGACGAAGAAUACGUGAACGAUUCUGAUUCACAGAAUGAAGAGAAAAUAGAGUAUGAAUACGAGAUUGACGAAGGUGACACGAAGGAUUCUCGAACUACCACCUCGUCGAACGAACGACUUUAUGAACAAAAUUCAAAAUAUGAAUUUGGUACACGACUCAGAUCUAAGACUGGAAAAUGAAAAUAUUUAUUAAUAUAAUAUUUGUAUAUGAUGAUUAUUUAUCGACAAAUUUUAGGAUACUGUUAACAGGUGAUUUCCAUGCUCGAAAUGAUUAUGCGAAAGGAGCGAUCGAUUCCGAUAGCUUUUGAAUCAUUCUUCAAUAGACAUCAUUCAAAAGCGAUCGUACGAAUCGUCUAUUAAUUUAUUUGAUAUUUAUUUAUUGUAUUUAGGCUAUUUGUUAACUUAUUUAUUUCUAUUUGCAAGGAAAUAGAAUAUUUCCAUUGUCCUACAUAAUUUUAAUCUUUUAUUUUGAACAUCCCGCAAUUGAAAGGUAAACAUUAUACUCGUAUGUACAUAUUUAUCAACUUGAUGAAAUAUUAGUAUAAUACAGGAGUCAGCAGUUUUUUCCCUUUUUAAAAAGAAAAAGAAAGAUUAAAGAAACGUUGUUGGACAAGGCCAUUUCCAUUGGCUUCUUUAGCCGGGUUAAUCACUUUCAUUUUAGAAAAAAUUUUUUUUUCAAUCAAUAAAACAAACACAAAAAAAAAAAAAAAAAA